GUGGGCGGGCCCUGCUCUGAUGCAUCGCACACGUACCAGCGCAGCAGGACAGAUCCUCUCUCUCUCUCUCUCUCUCUCUCUCUCUCUCUCGCUCUCUCUCUCCCUCCCCCUCUCUCUACCUCUUACUCUGCCUUUCAUACAAAUGCCAGAUCGCAGACUGCAGCAGAACGCUAGGCCAGAAGGAUUUUCCCUCCUUGCACUGGGAGAGCUGAGAAACUAAAGAGACAGCUCACUGCUGAGAAGGAAGGAGACAUUAUUUAUGGAUGAUCCAUCGAGGAGCACUUGAAGCAUCAGAGUGUAUAGGUGAGUGCGUUUGUCCUGCUGUUUAUGUGUGUGUGUCCAUGCUUGUUCGAGUUCACUGCAGAAGCAGCGGCACUGCAGAUACACAGACCAGAGGCUCUGCUCAUCCCUCUCUACCAUCCCCCCACUCUCCUCUUCCUCUUCAUCUCCUCUCCUCUUUUUUUUUUUGGAGCAUCUACUAAAAAGUCAGGACUUUACUCAUGUCAGAGUGUGCCAGGAUGUGUACACUGUGUGUGUCAGAGAGAGUAAAAUAGCUCAGGCCACACCUGGCUGGACAGCUGCAGAGUGGACAUAAGCUCGGCUUCCUUUUUCCUCCCUCAGAAUGAUGUUAGAAAGAGAGAAAAAAAAACAAGCUCACACUUGUUAGUCCUUAACUUUUAAAAUAAUCCUCCUGUAGGUUUACAUCCAGCUUUCUGAAGCAGUUCUGCGGUCUGCAAGGUGCACCAGCCCAACCCCCGGGACCGGCCCACUCCCUUCUUACCUGCUGCUCAUCCUCAUUCAAAGGAUAGGAUGGCUGGCUCUGCGCGCCUGUGCUGAGGAGGCGUCUGCAGGCAGCAGUAUGGGCGCUGCGCUGGCUGGCAUCCCCACCACCCCCUCCACCACUGAUCUGCCACCACCACGCUGCCCCACCAAAACGGGCGCUCCCCCCAGCCCCGCUGAUGGGCGAAGACACUGACGCCACCCCGACACUCAACCACCGAGGCUUCCUUCCUGACCACAACUAUGUGACUGAAGGUAAGGAGAUGGAUGAAGAUGCUGCAUGUGCUUUCGCUGUAUACAUUAUCUUUAAAGUCCCUGUGUGUGAGUUAGGUUUAUGGAGAGUGUGCGGCCAAAGUGUGUGUGUGCUGAGUGUGUCUGUUAGAUAAAACUAGCUCAGAAAAGCUUCCUAAUCUUCUCUAAGCUCUGUGUUGCUCAGACAGAGUUGCAGACAGAACAACAGGAAGUAGUGGGAAUACACUCUACUAAAUUUAAUCAUAUUAGGCAAAUUUCCAUCUCUUCACAAUCCCUCCACUCAUACAGUUUGUUUUCAGUCAGUCUCUUUUCCUUUUCAUCCUCCUGUCCUUUUUUAAAUGUGUGCUUUUGUAAUCACUUCCCUACCUUGCAUAACACGGCUAUUUUGUGACACCGCAGGGAAGAAUUGAUCUGGCCCAUGUGAAUGUGUGUCUGAAAGUCUCUGUUAUGUCUGCUAGUAUUUCACUUUAACUGUAGAAAUUGAAAGAAAAAGGCAGAAAUAUAUCUUACUGUUUCGCAGUUAGACAUAUUCAAUUUCUGCUACAUUGUCCUCAAACAUAACAAGUGCAAAUUUUCAAUUGAACAUAGUUUUACAUCUUAGAAACUAUAAAGCAGCACACAAUCAGUGGUACAAACCUCUAAUGUGCCCUGGUUUGUUUCCUAAAAAAAGAUGGAUUAUUACCUUGGAUGACCUCCCGUGUUGCUAAUCUCAAUAAUACCACUAAUCUUACCUGCACACCAGCAUCUCUAUCGGCCUGUUCUCAAUCCCUUUCUUACACUCAGCUCAUUGUUUGCCCUACCUACCUCUCUGACCCGGACAGUAGAAUACCAUUUGUGGUUCAUGAAUGUGUUGUGUGCUCAUUUGUAAUUCUCGUAUCACAGCAGAAAAGGAAUUCAGCUUUCUGUUUCUGCGCUGUUAUAUCAUUUCCUCCUCACAGAAGCACACGCCGUUGUCAGGGGAGAGCCGUAGUGCUGCCUGUUGAUUGUGUAACUCGUGUGUUUGCAUUCAAUACAUUGUCUCGCUGAGAGGGCAGAGGAAUAUGUGUGUGUGUGUGUUUGUCUCAGUGUGUGUUUUCUCUUGUAUACAGUGUUCCCAUUGUGUCUUUCUCCAUUUCACAAAAGGAUUUUUUAAGAAAUAGUGGCAGAAUACCAGUCCUGACAUCCAUCACCAACCAUCAAUUAUUGCCAUGGCAACAGUCCAUGAUGAUAAACAUGCUGCUUUUCAUGCUUGGCUGAUAUGAUUGACAUGUCGUCUCCACCCACCAAUACUGGCAGUAUUAAUUAUUCCACACAUCUUGGGCAGACACAGACAUUAUUCAGGCUGAAUUGCUGAUGAGCUCACACCAAAGUGGACACACCACUGAACACUGUUGGUGUGACACAACUGUGCAACACCGAGCGAGACUGAGCCUUAAAAAAGUCCACAUGUACUGAUUGGCUUCUAAAGAUCAAUACCACAGAAAUUCCCCCCUGACCACCAAACAGAUCAUUUUGUGUCACAAAUAAACAAAAUGAUCCAUAAAGGCCUCUUCUUCUACACUCACUUCAACCCCCCUUCACCUUUCCCUCCAUGUUCAUCCCCCACCCCUGUCCUCCUCCCUGUUUCCAUCCCCCACUACAUCCCCCUCCAAACCUUUCCCCAUUGGUCUCCUAAUGUAACUCACAGCAAUGCCUGGCGCCGAAGUGGCACGUAUGCCAAACAAUUACCCAACAGUGUUCUGAAGGCUGCUCAAACACAAUGUGUGUGUGUGUGUGUGUGUGUGUGUGUGUGUGUGUGUGUGUGUGUGUGUGUGUGUGUGUGUGUGUAGAGAGAGAGAUAGAGUGUGUGGUGCUGCAUGUGAUUUUAUGCCUGGAUGUAUUCUUCCUCCUUUCUAUGUUGCAUUCAUAUUCAUGUUUUGUGUCUGAGUGCAUCUCUGUGUCCUUUUGGUUUGCUCAUGUCUGUGUGUUUAUGUAUUUUUGCAAGGGUUUUGUCUGUGUUUUUAUGUGUGUGAGUGCGUGUGUGUCUGUCUGUAAAUCUUCCCAUGGGAACCCCCCUGCCCUUUAACUCCUACUGGGGAGUCAUGCUCAACCCUCUUUUACCUAACCUUCCCUCCCUCCAUCUCUCACUCCCCCUUCACGAUCCCUUUUGCCCUUUUGAAAAUCUUGUGAGUGGAGAGACAAGGACAGAUGAGGAGCAAAAUAAAACAGACCAGACAUAAACUUCAGAAUUUUUGACAUAUUUUUUCUUUUUUUACCUUUUUGUAAAUAAAUGAUGGCUGAUUCAAUUCCAGCUUUGUUACCAACAUAGUUAGUGUGCAUCAUUGAGAAAGAGGUGAAAGGCUGGGGAAAUCACUCACUUACCUGACUAAAGUACCACUGAGUGUCUGAGGACAAAUCUGGAUACAGAUAUUUUUAAAGACUGAUUUUUUCAAUCUCCCAGUUUCAACAAAAUCCACACCAGAAGUGUUUUUGAAAAUAUCUUAGGGUUAGCAGAAUAUUAGAUUUUUGCUGCUAUUCUCAAACUUAUUUUAGCCGAUACUGAUAUUGAUAUAGAUAUGAACACACCUGUUUUCUUUUCAUUUUCAGCAACACCAAGUCUCUCCUGUCCUAGAACCUACCUGUCCAUCUUACUUUUACAGUCUGUUUGUUUUAGAAAUAGACAUAAAUCAAGACAAACAACAUUCAGUUCAACCAUAAAUGAUAAGUGUAUCCUUUUGAAGUAUAGACAUCCAGAGAUGUGUCUGCUCUCUGUGUCUCUUAUCAUUUUCUGACACUUCAAAAUACUUCUAUACAUUUGGCACUGAAACUCAUGGGAGUGCAUAAGCAGUCACUUUGUGUGCAUAAUUUAUACAUCCCCUUACAGGUAGUACAUACUGACAGGCAUGUAAAAAUCUGCGACUAAGUAAUGUUUUACUGCUGAUACCGAUAUUAUACCAAUAAUACUGUGCAUCCCCAUAUUUCCUUGUCCACAUGACAUAGCAUGAAAAGCAUGCCAUGACGGUAAGUGGGGAAUAAUGUGUGAUCAGUCUGUCACAUCAAAACACCACCAAGAUAUUUAUACACAGACUAGAGCGAGCAGCAGUUGUCACUGUGUACAUAGUGGUAAAUUAAAAACUAUUCAAUAUCUGUUUAUUGAAACCCUCCAGUGCUGCGGGAUAAUGACAAAGGAUAGCAAGAUUUCCCAGUCAAUAUACAAUUAAGCGAGCAGAUAAUUUCACCUAUUAUAAACAAAAUCCCUCCACAAACUCCACAAAAUUACAACCUCCUCAUGCUUGCAUGUCCCCAGGCGCUUAAUGCUACAGCAAAGACAAAACAAUGAACAGUCUUAGGAUAAACCCUUAGUUCAUGGACACGAUGAGUAAAUAUGAAAAACUUGAAGUAAAUAGGGAAUUUUUCCAUAUCUUAAAAUUUUAAAUUUUUAUAUGUAGUUGUAUUUUGCUGUUUGAUAUCAUUUCAGUAAUUCUUGUUGGUCACACAAAUUAAAUUUAAAGACGCAACUCUGAGCUUUAGAAACAUGAUGAGCAGAUGGCAUGGUGUCAAACAAAAUAAAACUAAAAGGAAAAUGUGUCAAAAUUAAUCCCUAGCUCCAUGUCAGUAGGUGAGCUGUCAUCAGCUCUCAUAACUUCUCAGUAUAUGCCCGUCCUUGUCCCCCAGGGCUGAAAGUGAGAUAAUUACAGUUCAUCUAAAAAAAACCUGCCAGUUAAGUCUCUGUGUAUAUCUGUUCAUCCUACAUGUUUAGCAAACUAUCUAGCCAGACCCAACCUGUCAAUACAUCAUGUUGUAAAAACACAGACCAAUCAUAAAUACACUGUAUAUCAGUUAUUUUCUUCUCUGGUCAUUUCCCAUGGCCAAGUGUGGUGAUGCAGUAACUCAGUCCCAACCCUUAACCCCACCCUUCCUGCUCCUUCUUUCCCCUCUGCUCCUCCCUGUUGCCCUCCUUCCUUCCUUCCCUCCCUUCCAUCCUUGCUCCUCUUGCAGGGCUGCUCCUGGCUAUAGCCUGAAGAGCUGCGCCCAUCCUGUCCACCCCUCUCCACCCUGGAGUCCUCCCCCAGGAUGUUGAGCCCCAUCCAGGUCCUGUGCUCCGACAUCACUACCCUUUCUCUGGAGCCCGAGCCGUUUGCCUCUUACACUGAAGGUGUGUGCUCUCUCCUCUUCUUUCCCAACAGUCCUCUGUCUGUUGUCCGGUUUCCCCACGUGACCCCAGUGUGGCAGAUGACAGCUGGUGUGUACGCCUGUGUGUGGAUGACUGUAGAUGAGAAAGUGUUGGAGAUGGGAUGAAGUCUGACUGUAUCUAGGUGUGUGUGUGUGUGUGUGUGUGUGUGUGUGUGUGUGUGUGUGUGUGUGUGUGUGUGUGUGUGUGUGUGUGUGUGUGUGUGUGUGUGUAAUUUGUUUGAAUCAGGUGAAUUCUGACUGGUUGAGUCUGGGUGUUAAAAAUACCUGAAAUACCUUCACUUUUCUCUGUCUGCCUCAUCCUUUUUUCAGUUUCUAUUUUUGCACUGGCCUCUUUAUUUUUGUCUCAGUGUGCCAGCUUUAGUGUGUGUACUGUAUCUGUGUGUGUGUGUGUGUGUGUGUGUGUGUGUGUGUGGGGUUGAUUUCUUUGAACAGUUAGACCAGAUGUCACUCGGUCUUCUUCAAAACCCACUUCUCUUCUUCCUCUUGUCAUCACGAACACAGACAUCUAAGGACACACUCUCUUGAGCCUUCAACUCAUGUGCAGCGUACACGCACUUCAGAUAUUCCUACACACAAACACAUGCAAGACAAAAAAGACACAACCUCCCUUAGUCUAAAACAGUGCUUUAAGAAUCUGAAGGUUUUCCGUUUUCUGUAGUGAACGAAUAAAAGCAGCUGUGACAAUCUGUGUCAUACAAGUGUAUUUUCCCCUACAGAAUAAUCAUCUAUUUGCGAGGUAAUUUUUUUCUCAAUUUAUAAAUUUUGCUUCUUAUACAGAUAAUGAGCCUUUAAGCCAAAUCCAGGUGAAAGACUUCUAAAUGGAAUAAAAUAAAUCUCACAUCGCAGCUUUAAGUAUUCAUGCAGCCUGAAGACGUCUGAGCAGGUUUACAGGUGUAACUCACACAUGCAGCUGAGUCCAGCUCCGUUUGUGAUUCUAAUUGUUUGCGCCCAUAAACAUUAGGCUCACACUAGCCCGGCUCCAUUGUACCAAUGUGUGUUUGUAGAAAUGGCAGAUUCCCUGCUGUGCGGGGCUUAAAUCACCCCUCUCCACACAUGUGCACCACCAAUACAAACACACGUUAAACACACCUUUUUUUUCUGAAUAACUCCAAAACUGCUGGACAGGGAUCCAUUUAACCUCUCCCUACGGCAUCUCCUCUGCUCCCUUCUCUCCCUCUCCUCCUCCUCCAACCCAUUUAUUUCUCUGCAGGGUAAUAGAGUACACACACUUGUGCACACGUACACAGGAAAUGUGGGCUGCUUAAGCAGCAGCACGCAGACACACACAAACACACACACACACGCGCGCACAGACAACUCCUGCUGAGUGGUGACUGGUCUUUGCUUUUAAGGAGUGUGUUUUUGGCUCGGCUUAAAUCAUCCGUGUUUACUCAGACCUUAGAUAUCUAUAAUUGGGACGGUUGGACGUCUGCUCCCCUGUCUGUCCCCAAACCAGCCUUAACAAAAAACGAAGAAAAAUCCAUCCCCCUCAACACCCCCCACUAUCCCCUCCUCUCCUCUCCUCAUCCUCGAUUAACUCAGUAGUGUCAGCUCCAGCUCAUUUUACAGCUACAGAUAAAUCUUGAUGUGUUAAUAGCAUCAUUAUCAAUAAACCUACAAAUGAAUGUUUAGUUUUAUUGUCAACCAAAAUAAUUUUGCUUAAAAAUGUGGAAACAGAAUGGAAAAACUGAUCAAUAUCUUCUCAAGUAAGUCCUGUGUGGCAUCGUCAGACUUCCUGUUUUGGUCGACAAAUCACUUAAAACUCAAAAAUAAAAAAACUGCUGACAUUACAAAGCAUGAGAAAACCCAGGUGAUAAUUUGGUUUGACUUUAAGGAUAAUGGUCAAUGGUAUCUUGAUUAAAAUCAAUCAUCAUAUGAACAAGUGUUAAAAUUUGUACACAUAAUCUCCUUACGACAUAUUUUCGAUGGUGUGAGACGUCGUUGUCCUUGUAAAAUCCUUCCUCAGGUUAUUUGAGUGCUGCUUUGUUUGGUGUUUAUCCCUUGUGCGUGUUUUUUAAAGCUCUCUGUGUCACUGGGUUCAUUCAUGUUUGUGUGUUGUUGUUGUUCUGUAUUGAUGUGUACUGUAUAUGUGGGCGCCUGCACUUGCAGUCACAGUGUGCUCCUUUGCUCCUGCAGUGUGUCGAUGAGUCAGACCGGCCUGCCGAUGCUAAUGGACUGUCUGUGGGAGACAGACAGAGCUAACUUGCUAUACUGUAGCACUCUCUCUCAUAAAUACACACAAACUCACUCAAGCUCUACUGUACUUUGACUUACAGCUUCAGCUCUUAUGCUACUUUUUCUGUCAGUUUUAAUCUCGCUCACAUCUGUCCUUUUCUAAUAAAGAGCAUCAGAGAGGCUGGAGGACGUUUGAGGCUUUGUGUGUGUGUGUGUGUGUGUGUGUGUGUGUGUGUGUGUGGGUUUGCGUCCGUGUGUGUGUAAAGUAAAGAAAGAUGAAGCAGCAUCAGGAUGAGGACAGGAUGAGAGAGGAGAGUGUGUGCUCCAUAUUUUAUUCAGCUUCAUUGUGUGCAGCUCCCGUAGUUUUGCUUAGCUUAGCUUUUUCUCUGUGUGCGAUUUGAGUGGAGACACAUUUAUCUGUAAACGCACUCUCACUCACUCACUCACACACACACACACACACACACACACACACACACACACACACACACACACACACAGAUCAUUAAGCACACACACAUUUUGUGCAUGGUUACGUGACUGUGUUAAUUCAAUCCUGCUCAGUGUGCGUAGUUGUGUUUGGGAAUGCACUGCGUGUGUGGGGAUGUGUUUUUACGAGUGCCAUCCUUUGUGUGUUUGCAUCAAUUACAGACACAUCCUUGGAUCCAAGGCUCCCUCCGCAUCUCCUGAUAAUAAUUUAGCAGUUUGUUAGUGGACCAAACUGCAAAGCCGUAAUUAUUCUACUGCACUCCUUCUUCCUGUGAGGAUUGGAUUGAUGAAUCCCACUUCCUCCUUUCCACCAGAUUACCAUAUACGGCUAACUGCUACGAGUACCACUGCCACUGGUUGGCUCUGCCUGUUACCAUGGCAACCCCUGCUCACUGACACCCCCCCCCCCCAUAUCUCUCUUUUUCCAUCGCAUCCAUUCUUACACCACCAGCAUCACCACCACUACGUACAAGCUAACCCACGGCCAGGCGGCAGAGUGCAGUGGGGGAGGUAUGAGGCAGAGAGGGGGAGAGAUGAAUGUAGAUGGACAGCCAAGAAGAAAAUCAGAGAGUGAAAUGGGCCAAAAAAAGAGAAACUGAGGACCAAGAGAUGGGAGAUGAGUAAAAAAAAAAUCUGCAGGGGGGUUGGAGAGGGAUUGAGGGUAAGCCUGAAACUAAAAUUGAAACUGAAAAUAUCAGGUGCUGCAGAGACUGAGAGAUCAAGAGACUGUGUAAUGACUCCAUAGUGGAAAAAUCAUAAAAAAGAGAAAGAAGGGGACAUGGUAGAGAGAAAGAGAGAGAGAGAGGUAACCAGUAUUACAAAAAGUGUGCGACAAGCACGAUGAAUAAGGUUGUGUUGGCGUAGAGAACGAGGAGUAGUCCCUGCCUCCCUGCAUCAUAAAAACUCACCCCCCAAGGCCAGCGCAGGAAAGACAAGAGGCUGCAGCUUUGAAUGAGACCCUCUACAAUACACUCCAUUUUUAUUACAGUUGGUGCUUUUGGAGGACCACGAGUUUUUCUACCACAACUGAGUUCAGUGGGCUCAAGCGGUUGAAAUAAAAUGACAACUUGUCUGUGCAGUAGUAGCUUUGAACAGAUGUCAGUGUUUGUAGACCAACCUGGACUCCAUUAGAAAUCCCUUAAGGUUUUGUGUUUUUCAAGGUUGCGCAUGUUUAUAGAUUAAGUUGUCAGUUAUGAGUUUUAUUUUAUGAUGCUUCUCGUACAUCAGAUGCAAUUUAUGCAGGAAAAAUGACUUAGUCUUUUAUCUUCCUUAUUGAUGCUUGGUCAGCAAAAUAUUAAGUGCACAUAUUUCAUAUGAGCAGUUUUCAGUGAGGCAGUUGCAUAUAUUUUGCUGAGCAGAUCAAUAAUGAGCUCUCUAAUUUGUCUGAUCGCAAAGCCUUGUUAACGCUGUUACUUGUUCUGAUAACCAAACAUGAUUCCAUUUAUUAGUAGUUCACUCAUUUUCCUAUUGCCAUAAAAUACAUAUGUGCUUCAAGGAACUCAGGAUGAGCAUGCUCAGUCAACCAAACAAGCCAUCACCAGAAUUACUUGUUGGUUAAACAAAUGAUCAAAAUGCUGGUUGUAUGUUGUGUCUAAGCUGUGGCACAGCUACUCGCCAUUAGUUGGGGCUGUGGCUUUGCUUAGUGACCACUGCUGAAAGGUUAUGCCACUAUGACACUGCUAAGUAUCCUGAGUAUUCAGGUUUGCUGGUAUUUUAGUUAUGAAAACUGAGAUACGGUUGGAUGUUAACCUGCAGUGAGGAACAGGGUUGGUGGAUUUAGAAGUUUUGAACAAGUUUGUACAAAAUAAAAUUGUGAGUUUCGUCAGGUCUGUCCUCGAGGGCGAGAGAAUUUGAGAUUCGUUGCUGAAGUUGCUCUGUGUCUGGUCAGUGUCAAGAAGUAAGUUGUCAUCUGUAAAUUUUGCUCCAAAUACCAACAGCUAAAAAAACGCUCCAGAAACUGAAGCAGUUCAUGUGUCAUGGUGUAGUGUGUGGGUGAGUGACAUAUUGAGACAACACUGAAUUUGGUUUAUUGUGACCAUCUUGGAUAUUAAAUAUUCAACAUAUUGAACACUGCCAUUGUCAUGAUGACCAUCGUCACCGGCGACUUUCUGUCAUUAAGACAGCCUUUGUGUAUGAGUAUGAAGACUGUCAGAUAAUCAUUGUCUACACUAACAUACACCAUACCUCCCAAAACUUUUGGCUGCCUGAAGAGCCUGAAUAUUAGUCAAAGAAAAGCAAGGUCAAAAUGUUGAUUUUAUCAAAGCUUGACCAAAAUGAGGUCAAUGUCAACAUCAAUUUUAGAGGGGACAGAUUCACAGAUCUGAUGUCCAAUGAGGUCAAUUUUAGAGCUAGAAUAAAAACUGGCCUCGAGGGUGUAGUUUGUAACCUUUUAGUUUGAAUUUGCUUAUUCAAAUCUACUGCUCAGUUCAACAAAUAACUUCAUAAAUGACAUCAAACAUACAAUAUGAAUAUAGUCUACCAAGUCUAGAGAGGAUCACUGUUUGCUGUGAUAAACUGAAACACGUGCCGCAGACUGUGCCAAAAGGAUUCGUGUCGAUACUUGCUCAGCUGUACAUGAUGACACUAUUCCUAAAUCACCUAGAGCUGUUGGCGUUGUACCACAAACAUUCUCCCAAAGAAAGCUGAUGAAAUGAAAUACAAGUUGGUUUUAAAGUUUUAUAUGUGUUCAUGGCCUGUGAAAUAUAUGCUUACCUAUAAACACAGAAAUGGAUGGGGGAUAAUACUGACAAUAUUGUUCAUAUUGUCUCUAUUAAUCAGUCUGAACCAUUAUUAGUAUAUAUGAUCGUUUUUUUGUGUGGAAGAGUGUAGACAUGCACAUGUUUGCAUCUGCAGCAUUAUCAGACAACCCACCUCUAGCAAUGUGUCUUUGUUGACUGAGAACAUUUCUGAUUUAUUUGACUUGCUUUCAUGUGAAGUGCUGUUGUUAUUAUCUGACAUACACAUAUUUAUUCCUGGUAUUGGAUACACUACAUGGUUGUCAUCCUCUUACAAUCAAGCUCUGCCUUCUCCGGUUAUUUUGUGAGACACGAGCAGUGAAGAUUCGUGUUUUCAGUUCAGAGGCGUGUGAUUUUUGAUGAUCCAAACAAGAGGAGCCAGUUCUCUGCUGUCAAACCUACUCAGUAGUGUAGCAUAUUAAACAAAGAGUAAUGAAAGGAGGAUGAAUAGACAGAAAAAGGAGGAGAAGGAGAUGGAUAAGUGAACUAUUUAUACAGAUAUGACACUCUUUUGGAUUUUAUAAGGUUGAGAUUCAAGCAAGUGCUCUCUUUUACUCAUUCUGUGUAUUUUGUGGUUCAGAAAGGUCCUUUGAGAGCAGCUUGGCAGUAAAUGCUAAGUGGUUAAUGUUGUUCUCACUCCUCAUAUAUCAGUGUUUGUCACUGAGUCACUCUGUGUCGCUGUCUCAGGGCAAGCAAUGAGGAAAAUGUUGUGAAAGUGCAACUAAAUGUCAUGACAAAUGAAGUACUGAGCUUUAUCUAAUCACAUAUGCAAAAUCAUGCUUUGGAUUGCGCUUAUGCUUGAUGACACCUCAGGGAUUAUUAUUCUUAUACACACACACACAAACGCAGUCACGAGGAACUGAAGUGACUCUGUAAUCUGGUGUGAGUGAAGUGUCAGUGUGCGUCACUGGAUGUGUCAUACUGGGGCACAAACAACACCUGUGCCACGUGAAACAGCUGUGUGUACGUGACUGUGUUUGUGGAUUUGUGCUUUCUGUGUGUUUUCAUUGGCUUUCAAACAUUUUCCAUUAAAGUUUACACACCGUCACAGAGCAUUUGUGUCACUGAUCAAAUAUUAUUUUAUACCUCACAUUAAUUUGCAUAUCCUAAUCCAUUUACACUUUAAUGCUUUGACUGUUGACUCAGUUUAACAAUUCAGAGUCAGAUAAACAGAUUAUCCCGAUGAAUGAUGAUGCAUGCUCAAUUAGCUAAUGGCUGCCCUUCUCUCUCUCUCUCUUUUUUCUUGUCAUUUCUUUCUCUCACGCUCCAUCUUUGUCUCUCCCUCUGUAUUCUCCCUCUUACCAGCUGAUAUCAUCUCCACUGUUGAGUUCAACCACACAGGAGAGCUACUGGCCACAGGGGACAAAGGAGGCCGAGUGGUCAUCUUUCAGAGAGAACCUGAGGUACACACACAACUCUAAUAUGCACACUCGUACGCACAGAAAUAUCAUUUUUCAUUCCAGCUCUGAGAGCAAUAACAAACACAGUGUUUCCCCUUUGGCUACACCUCAGAUUGGCUGAUAAAUUGGUCACUUUCCUGUUGUGUCAGAGGCUUGAUAAUCACAUCUGUAUGGAGUGUGUACCGCGCCAUUUCUUACCUGGUCACCUGCAUCUCUUUAUGCUUCUUCCUCAGAGCAAGACUGAGCCAUUCUCCCAGGGAGAGUACAAUGUCUACAGCACCUUUCAGAGCCAUGAGCCUGAGUUUGACUACCUUAAGAGUCUGGAGAUCGAGGAGAAGAUCAAUAAGAUCCGAUGGCUGCCUCAGCAGAACGCUGCUCACUUCCUCCUCUCCACCAAUGGUGAGAGACUACACAUAUUCACGGCUCCCAGAGAAACCAGAUACCCGGAAGAUCUUUUUGCAUAUAUCGGGUGUUUUUAAGUUUCUCAUCUCAGAAAUCAGAUUUUCCCUCAUCAGAGUUGUGUCAUAGUUCUUGAGUGCAUUAGGAGUUAGAUAAGCAGUUCCAUCAUCAGUUUAUGUUCCGAGUUUAUGGCUAUAUAGGAGAAUCUAUGGAUUUUCUCUGAGCGCCGUCUUAUUGAUUUAUUUAAGUACUACAUUAUUUAUGAUUGAGGCUAUGAAAAAUGUAGGAUCUGCCUCGGUAGUUGGGUUAAAGCCAGUGCUUGAACGCUUGCUGUCAUUUUUCUGUUAUAAUAGUGAGUUCUGUGUUUGUCAGUGUUGAUAAAACAAAACCUCGCUGAUCGCUCACUCUGAGUCCCCAAUGUCAUUCAAAGCUGACAGUUUGAUGUGUGUCGGUGGAUUAGCCUGUUCAUUUUGUCAUUCCUUUAGGUGUCAAGUGUGUUUUCAAUAGAUUUUCAGAUCUAACUUUGAAUUUCAGAUAAAAUUCUAUUUUUGGCUCCGCUGGAUUUUUAAUCGCAGUAAAUCUGAGAUCCCCAGAUAGCUUCCAAACAUCAGAGCAUCAUCAACAACCACCUUUUACUCAUUUGUUAUGCUUUCACUUUUUAUCUGUUGUUAUCUUAUUCUUAAUGGGCCGGUCUUUUUUUACAGAUAAGACCAUUAAGUUGUGGAAGGUGAGUGAAAGAGACAAACGGCCUGAAGGAUACAACCUGAAAGAUGAGGAGGGUCGUAUCAAGGAUGUCUCUACCGUCACCUCUCUACAGGUAUCCAUCUAUCUCUAUCUAUCUAUCUAUCUAUCUAUCUAUCUAUCUAUCUAUCUAUCUAUCUAUCUAUCUAUCUAUCUAUCUAUCUAUCUAUCUAUCUAUCUAUCUAUCUAUCUAUCUAUCUAUCUAUCUAUCUAUCUAUCUAAAUCUUGCACUCAGUAAAAAAGUAUUCAUAGAGUCAGCUGUUCAUCAUAACUGGGUCAGUGGGUACAGAUGUGUUUGCAUGUGCGAAAAUGGGUCACUGGCACACUGGCACGUGUGUACGACUGUCUGAGUGUGUGGGGGUGGAGAAAAGUGUAGUUUCCAGCUGUGCACAUCAGCAGCACCGUACCAACAUUAGUCAAAGCAUUUGUGUUUCUGUCGUUGUUGAUUCUUGGUGAUCUAGAUUCAGCAUCCUCUUUGUAAAUAUCUGAAAACAUGUAUGGGUGUACGGCGAUUCGCUCCCUGUGUGCCGCAUGCAAAUGAGGACACACAUUUAAGCUAUGUGUAAAAAUGUAAAUUAGGCUUUGACAAAGGAUUUGUGUUUUAAUGCAAAUGUCAAUGCACAAAUGCACUUUCAAUCAUGGCCUGAAUUGGAUUUUGAUCUCCCUAUCAACUGAGCACGCUGAGGCUUUGGCAGUAAUUUAUUGAUAUCAAGGGGAGCAUUAACGUAUUAAUUCAUGAUACAAUCAAACAGUUUAGAUUUAAUCUAUUAUCUGAGCAACAGCAGCCCUAUCUCAUCCAAUCAGUGACACAGGAUGAUGGACCGCUCUGUUUCUUUUUUAGGUGCCGGUGUUGAUGCCGAUGGACCUGAUGGUGGAGGUGAGCCCACGGCGAGUCUUCGCAAACGCUCACACCUACCACGUCAACUCCAUCUCCGUCAACUCUGACUAUGAGACCUACAUGUCAGCUGAUGACCUGAGGAUCAACCUCUGGCAUCUGGACAUCACCGACCGCAGCUUCAGUAUCCUUUGUGAGCUUUAGAGCACAUGUACAGCAAGAAGAGUCAGACUCAAACAUCAAUGCAAUCAAGCUGGAAUCAGCAUAAACACACAUGAACAAACACGUAACAGAGUAUAUUUAUUUAAGCACAGGCAAACACAUAAUUGAUGCACAUAUUAACACACUGAUGUAUAUACAUGCUCCUCAAUCAAUCCCUGCCCACACACACUCACACAUAUAUACACACACACACACUCACAGCAGAUUUACACAUCCCACUUUGUUGUUUAAAGAAAUGCACACAGACACACAGUGAUGGGGGAGGGGAAUAUUAUUACAGAGAGUGAAAAUCUAGCUUAAUGAAUAAUUCAAAAGCUGCAUAAAUAUUUCAGCCCCUUUCUGAGUUCUAAUCCAGCUCAAUAGGACACAGUACAGUCACAUCGCUGACCCAGACAGGAUUUAUGAUAUUACAAUUUAUCUGAAUAUGGAAUUACUUUCCUCCAAACACUUCCCCCAAGAUAGAUUUAAAUUGCUCUGCUUUAUUUCCCCUGUAAAUUAUUUACAUUGCAUCCGAUUAUGUUUACAUUUACAUAUACCGGGUUUUAUUUUGUGUGUGGAUCAUGGACCUGUGGGGCUUACUGUGUAAAUCCAGUUCAAAAUAGUCUCACAUUUAUUGAUAAAGUUCAUAAAGGUGUGACUGAAAGAAUUCCUGGUACAGUAUGAAAAAUGAAAAAACCUGGUCACAGGUCCAAGAAUAUCUGUUGUCUUCCUGAGUGAUGCUUCCUCCUCAGACAUCGUGGAUAUCAAACCAGCCAACAUGGAGGAUCUGACAGAGGUGAUCACAGCGGCUGAGUUUCACCCCCACCACUGUAACCUGUUUGUCUACAGCAGCAGUAAAGGCACCCUGCGUCUCUGUGACAUGAGAGAAGCAGCGCUGUGUGACAAACACUCCAAAUGUAAGUUCACAUUUUAAGAGCAGGCAUGAAGACAUCCACCCCAUGACAGGUCAAAAUGUCUCACUCUGCUGGAUGUUUUAUUUAGCCUAUGAGCUACUGCUCAGAAAAAGGGCGAAAAAUGUUGCAAGUAAAAUAUUUCAACAGGAUUGGAUGACUGGGGAUGGCAUUUGCUUAACAUCAGUAAUAGUUCUGCCAAAAACCAUCUAACAGGGAUCUGCUGGUGAUGCCAAAUGUAUGAGAAUAGUCUCUGAGUAUGAUUCAUUUAUAUGUGAUUAUGUAUAAUUAUAAUUAGGGGAAACAUUUAAUAUGUUCAUGCACUUUGUGAGUUAAAAAAGGAGACUGAUUUGAAAGCAAAUCACUGAAAAUCCAAAUGUAAAGUAUUUUAAUUCAUUUUAGUUCAGUGAGCACAUCCAUUGGUGGUAUUUUAAUGGCAGAUACAUUGUUUUCAUUGAUGUAAAACUAAAUAAGUAAAUACGUUCACUCAUGUAUCUGCUGUCCUUCAGAAACAACAUAGUAAAUUUCACUUUUCUGUUUCAAGUAAAUGUUGUAAACUUAGCUCAGUAUAGCAUCCAAAGAAGCAGCAAGGCAGCAAUUCACAUGAUAUAAAUACCUGCAUUUUACGGAUCACAUCCAUAUGUCGCCAGGUACCUGUGUGUCUGCAUAUCAGUGUUUGGUCUCUGAAUAAAACACCACCCCCCUUUCUCUCCUUCUUCCUCUUUUCUUCCCCUCCUUCUCUCCUCUCCAGUGUUCGAGGAGCCCGAGGACCCCAGCGCCCGCUCCUUCUUCUCUGAGAUCAUCUCCUCAGUCUCAGACGUCAAGUUCAGCCACAGCGGACGCUACCUGCUCACGAGAGACUACCUGACGGCCAAGGUGUGGGACCUAAACAUGGAGAGCAAGCCCCUGGAGACGUACCAGGUGUGUGACUGAGCAACAGCGAGAUAAAGAAGAGUUAAAAUACAAAUGACAGAAGACCAGUGUUUGCCCACAAGCUUAGUUACUAUGAUUAGAUUUCCUCCGGAAAGAAGCAAAUUUACUCUGGGCAAGAUAAACCUAUCAGCAGUGAGGGAUUAAAAACACAUUUCUACCUGAAUCCACUCGUCUUUCAGAGGGAUGAAAUUCCUGCAGAUCACUCUCAAAUAAUGAUAAUGAAUGAUGAACCCACUUCUGAGACCUUAAUAUGUUAUAUGAUGGAUUACAAAUGUGUACUUAAACUAAUUUAGUUUACUCUUGAUAUGCCAGAGAUACAUAGUUAUAGUUUGAGUGGGUGUUGACAUUUUUAUUUCCUUAGAUUAUUAGCUGUUUUAUAUUCUUACCUCCACAGCUGACUGUUAACACGCAACCAAAGCCAUUAGCCACUACUUCUGUAUGGUUAUUUUUAUUGGAUGAAACUAAUACAAACGAAGCCGACUGAGUAAAAACAGCCUGUUUUUUUUUAUAUUUUCCAUUUUUAAAAGUCACAAUUAUUGAUACAUUUAACUGAUAAUAGUCAGCAGGAUAAAAACACAGUAAAUUACACAAAGAUCCUGAAGAUGAGGCGACACAUGACCAAUAACGUUUCAAAGAGAAUCAUUUUCUUGAUCUUGUAAUGGCGCCACAUGGGAAGGAGAGGUAUGCCACCCUACUUUGUAAUCAGGAAAAAUGAAACUACUUCACUGAUAUAAGCGUGUCAGUAUUCAAAUGUGUUUAAAGCAGCAGAUGGAGUUCAGCUGGGACCUGUAGAUGACUGACACAGGAGCUCAGAGGUGGUGUCAAAAUGAGAUUAAAGCUCAGGGUGAUUUAAGCUAAUAAUGUGAAGGAUAGCCAGGAUCUACUUGUCCUGUAGUCUCCUGUGAUUCAUCCAGUGACUCUGCAGUUUGCUGAUAAUGUUCAGACAAAAAUCUGUUUUCUGGAGGCUAACAGUUUUGAAGAUUUUUGCAAAAAUUUGAAAGACCAAAACCAACUUUUUGAGAACCUUUCUGAUUCAUCUAAAAUCUCACUAUGUUUUGCUGAUGAGCAAUGUGAUAACAAGACUUCAAUCUUAAAAACCCACAACAGUGGCCCUCAUCCUCUGUCAUAAACAUCAGGCAGAAAAAACACUGAUGGGAGACUAGGGCUGCUGUGUUCGACUCUCCAUCAACAUCAUUAGUAUGGAAACUGAGGAUGAAUCUUUUGGAUUCAUGUUGUGCAUCUUUCCACUAAGUGACAAACGACUGUCCUUGCAGCUUAUGAAGACACUCCUUUUUUCCCCUUCUAUUUGUCCUCCAUUGGCUUCUCUCCAUUUAAUCCAGUGUAGUAAAGAUGUCUGCACAGUUUGGUAAGAUUAUUAAGUGAAGCUUCUUUCACCAAACCUAACUCUGUUCAAACUGAGCAUUCCUGUUUAAUUGUUAGUGUUUGUGAUUUAAGUCAAACUGCAAGACUUACCAACUGUUUCAUGAAGUAAGGCGUUGUCUUCCUGUAAAUAUUUUUAACUGGAGACAAAUGAAUCAUGGGAUGACGGUUGUCUUUUACAAUAUCUGUACUUACUGAUGAUUAGAUUUUUCUCAAACCUUUUAAGGAUAAUUGGAUUGAUUAUGUGCCAGAAAAUGCUCUCCUUCUCGCCGGGAACCCCACAAAGAAAGCUGUCCAGCUGUGGCCUCUUUAUUUGAACUUUUUUUCAAACUUUAAUCUAUAGAUGGGUCCGUCUGUGUGUGGCAGAUUAAAACUGGCAUCGCAUGCUCAAACAUGAUUUUCUGUUUCCUGUGAACCUUGGGUGGAGAUUGAGUAUUUUGAUGUACAACUACUAAGCUUGUAGAGAGAGUGUUUUAUCCACACUUUGCUUCCCUCAUGAGUCACUUCUUAAUGUUUACAAAGAGCCACACAAGCUUCUGUGUACGCUUCUAAGCACAGUGAAAGUAUUUAUCAACACCUUUCUUUCAGUGUGUGUUCAGUAUUCCUGCCAUGAGUGGGUGAACAUGUGUGUGUAUCUGCCUGACGUGUGAGGGCCCAUGAGGCAGCCAGGAGUGGGAGGCUAAGAUGCACCACAGCUAUUUAUAGGCUGCCGAAUCUCCACUCGUAAAGGGAAGAAGGGAAGAAGGGAUACCUUACACAGCGACCGACACCUAGAUCUGCAAUGCAGCACAGAGAGGGAGGAAAAGGAGUGAGGGAGUGAGGAGAAGGGGGGUUGUUUAGGAGAAAUGGAGAGAUGAUGGGAUGAUAGUGUGAUGUUUGUAAACGAGGGGAUAAGGAAGAGGUUGAAUGGGGUAAACCAAGGAGGGAAAAGGAUAUCAGAGCGUUUACACUUUUGUUUUUGGAUAAACUUAUGCUCUGAUUCCUGCUCAAAUAACAAAACAAGGGGUGAGGCACCCCGCUCUGAAUCAGAGACGAUGCAGAGCAGGAAAAAAUGCAAAAGGACUAUACAUUUUCAACUUCCGCUGACACUGUAUCAUUUAUCCCCUGAGCAGGAGGAUCUACAGGGAAAAGCCGAAAUGUCACCAGGUUUGAUGUACAACCAUGAGCCGACCUCAGCUUGACCAUUUAUUGAUCGCUCAGCGACUGUUGACUGCUGACUUUAUGCAGAAUGUGGAGUCGGGGGCUCGAUGCAGAGCAGAGAGGUGUAGAUUUCAAAGCCUUGCAUCACCAAGCCAACACAGUGCUGACACAGGCAGGUUGGUGGAAGGCACAGGGGAAAAGAGUUAUUAGUCAGGGAAAAUGUGAGUGCAUGUGGGUUCAUAUGUGUGUCUCUCUUAUCACGCCCUUGGUGGGUUUGGAUGUUAAUGGAUUUACCGAUAAAGAAAAGGAGUUUAGAUUAAAAUGGACUCCUGACUCUCGUAUUGCUCAGGGCCGGAGGAUGAGUCUUAUUGGAGAUGCCUUCAGGGAGGUUUGGGUUACAGCUUCCCCACCUUUUAUAUGUUGUGUCUGUUUGGGUGGGUGGAGAGCAUUUGUGAUCUGUUCGUUACACGGUUCAAAUACAGAGUCAAAUCCUUUUUAAUCAUACCUACCUGCUUGUGUCUGUGUGUGUUACUCCAGGUUCACGAUUACCUCCGCAGCAAGUUGUGUUCCCUCUACGAAAAUGACUGCAUCUUUGACAAGUUUGAGUGUGCCUGGAAUGGCUCUGACAGGUAAAUCUUCGUUUCAUAUUUGUGAUAAUAUGUUGAUUUACUUCAUCAGACGGGCUGGUUUUGAGCUCCCCCUCAAUUAAAUAUUCUAUUUAAAACCUCUGUUACAGCAUUUUUUCUUGAAAUAGAGUGAAGUGGAUACUCUUAACAAUCCACAGAUUUUUAAGGGUAGCUUGUUUUGUAAGUGGGAUUGUAUGAUCUUGGUCUCAUCACCCACAGAAGAUACCAGUCAGCUCGGCCCCUUUGUUAAUAAACUGAAAUGGAUGCUAUGCUGUAGACAGGGUUAGUUUAACCAGCUUCAUUACUCUAUCAAGUAAGCUCAGUUUAAGGAAGUCUAAGUCUUGAAGUAAAAGAACAGCUGUACUUGAAGACUGACUUGUCCCAGCCUAGAAAGAAAGGGUAGGUUUCAACAGAAAAGGUCCGAAACAACCAAUUAAAUACAACCAUCUGUAUGUCAGAUGACAUUAUGCGUACAUUUAUGCUUACGUGUCUGACUUUCAUAACAUUAGCUAAAUAACAUGGCAGAGCUGACCUCAUCUUCAGCAGUUGACGGACUAGCUUCUGUUCUUGUGGGUAACUCACUAUUGAGCAGUACCUCAUACAACAUCACAAGAACUGUUGAGUCAGGAGCAACUUUUUAAAACUUUGGUGUUGGUGUUAUUCUGGAUAUUCCUGGAGAACAUUUUAAAAACAAUUAUCUGCUUCACAAUACCGUUUCAGACUUUAAGGGAACUUAUAAAGCAUGAAUUUCUUUCUGGUAAACUUUUAAGUAAUAUUCCCUUUCAUUUUUCCUGCCAAACAAUCCUCUCGCACUCACACAAAAUGCAAAAGCAGGAGUCUCUCAAAAAAGCGAAUGGUAAUGACAUGUUUCUUCUCCUCGAUCUGGUCCUUAGUGUGAUCAUGACCGGAGCCUACAACAACUUCUUCCGCAUGUUUGACCGCAACACCAAACGCGACGUAACCCUGGAGGCAUCAAGAGAGAGCAGCAAACCCCGGGCCGUCCUGAAGCCGCGGAGGGUCUGCGCCGCAGGUGGAAAGCGCCGGAAGGACGACAUCAGUGUGGACAGCCUGGACUUCACCAAGAAGAUCCUGCACACAGCCUGGCACCCCAACGAGAACAUCAUUGCCAUCGCCGCUACCAACAACCUGUACAUCUUCCAGGACAAACUCAACUCUGAGAUGCAUUAACAAAAGGAUGUCAGCACUGAAUCUGAUGAGUUUACACCUGAAAACACAACUAUGCCAGAAUGUACACAUUUACAGACACACACACCCACAGGAAUAUGCCUAGCAAACAUGCACACACAUACACUCAUCUAGGUCUACUCCUUCACACCCUCACCUCCUCCCUGCCUCCCAGAACUGAAAGGACCUAGUAAAGGGCUAGAGAGGGAACAGGCUGGAUUACGCAAUGGAUUAUGGAUUACAAACUAGUUCCAAUUGUGGAUUUCUUGAUUGUUAACCUCUGGAUUGUGCUUGAUGGUGUGUUGAUUGCUACAUCUAAGCUUCUGGGGUGGAUAAACCCCUCAAACCUCAGAGUGGAGAAAUGUUUCCAUGUUUGUCAUUUUUUGUUUGGUUCUUUAGGCUCUUUUGCUUUGUCCACCUCCUCUUCCUCCUCCUCCUCUCCUUUCUGUUUUUGUGUGCUCGAGCAAAGCCUAUUCUUAUCCCUUGCCCACUGUUUCAUGUAACAAAAACCCUUCGUGGUUGUCUACCACCGGCACUGAUGAUAAAUGGGGCAUUUACAUAACUGGCUGUUUGUUUCAUUUCAGAUCAGCAACCCGAUCUUUUCCUUUUUUCCUGAUCUAAUUGUGUAAUGUUAUUUAUGAUGGUAAUUACAAUGACAAUGAGAAAUUAAAAUGAUUUGUGUGAAAAGGAUGAACUCGGGACCCUACCCCUCAAACCAAGUGCACCCAGACGCCUCAGAGCUCGACUGUACCGUGUUCAGUGAGCCAGAACCUCCACGGCCCUGCAGACAGAAGUAGAAUAGAUAACAGAACUGCAGCCUGAUAUGAAGACACACACUCAUAUCUGCUCCACAAGCUGUGUUUCAGCCGCAACAUUUCUGUUGCUGAAACUUCUCUGGUCUGAGGCUGCGUUGUGUGCUACUUUGCUGUUGAACACAACUCAAAUUAAGCAAAAAAAAACUCUUAAAAAAAGAACAAAAUACAUCAACAAUCAAGCAAAAAGAUGCUGCAUGUCAAACUAAUUUAGCCUAGGUGUUUAUAAGUUGAUUGACCACUGACUUGGCUGCCUUCUUAACCAUUUAGACCCAGCUGUACAAAGGCUUCAGGGGCUCCCGGGGGCCCCCAUGCAGCACGAGUUACCAUAGAUGACCGAGCUCUCCUACCUUUGUGUCUUUGGGCACUGAAGCAUGUUUACCAGUGUUCGGCUCAUACACAUACAUGUACAUUUUGAAUGAAGCUGCCCAAGAAUCAGUUUCUGCUCAACUAAAACUGAAACCUAAGAAGAAUGGGGAAUGUUUUCAUUAAUGUUGUUCUCAAACCGAAAAAAUAAGAAAAAAAUUAAAGGGCCUAAAUGGUGUCUGUAAAUAUUAACUCUGUUUUUUGACAUGUUUGAAGUUUAGUUUUUUUUAAUAUCCACAAACAAACUUGAUCGUCUGUAUCGCUGAUCGCCUCCAAAGCUGCAGCAGAGAGAUGCUACUUAAAUCUCUUCAGCCUUCCUCACUGAUUACUUUUCUGACGUGCAGAAGCUUUUAUUUUUAGAGAACAGUUUAUUCUUUUAUUAUCCUUUUUUGACAUGUCAACCACGUCCCGACCAAACUAAUGUUAAGUCACUUAUUUUCAUGUUAAUAUAUGUUGAAGACAACAUUGUUGAAUAGACAGUAAAUACUGUUAAAUGUUUUUUUUCUGAAUAAAGAUUUCAACGAAAUUGCAUCCAA